AUGGCCCAGCUGCAGGCAGAUGUUGGGGUGAACUCCGACCAACUGCAGUUUGCUUACCGGCCGCACAGGGGUGUGGAUGAUGCAAUACUGACCCUGUUGCAUGGAACCAUCUCCCACUUGGAGAAGCCUAAGUCCCAUCUGAUGAAGAUCACAGAGAACUUCCUGAGGAGAAUGAAGCAGGAGGAGCUGGCUGAUCGACUGCAGAGCAGUAAGAGGAUUUCUCUGAAGAAGAAGUUCCAGUGUGUGUUUGAGGGAAUCGCUAAAGCAGGAAACCCAACCCUUCUGAAUGAGAUCUACACAGAGCUCUACAUCACAGAGGGAGGAACUGGAGAGCUGAAUGAAGAACAUGAGGUCAGACAGAUUGAAGCAGCAUCCAGGAAAGCAGACAGAGCAGAAACCAGCAUCAGACAAGAAGAGCUCUUUCAACUCCCAGCUGGAAGACAAGAACCAAUCAGAACCGUGAUGACAAAGGGAGUGGCUGGCAUCGGGAAAACAGUCUUAACACAGAAGUUCACUCUGGACUGGGCUGAAGGCAAAGCCAACCAGAACAUCCACUUCACAUUUCCAUUCACUUUCAGAGAGCUGAAUGUGCUGAAAGAGAAGAAGUUCAGCUUGGUGGAACUUGUUCAUCACUUCUUCCCUGAAACCAAAGAAGCAGGAAUCUGCAGCUUUGAAGACUUCCAGGUCAUCUUCAUCUUUGAUGGUCUGGAUGAGUGUCGACUUCCUCUGGACUUCCACAAGACUCGGAUCCUAAAUGACCCUAGAAAGUCCACCUCAGUGGGUGAUCUGCUGACAAACCUCAUCAGGGGGAACCUGCUUCCCUCUGCUCGCCUCUGGAUAACCACACGACCUGCAGCAGCCAAUCAGAUCCCUGCUGAGUGUGUUGACAUGGUGACAGAGGUCAGAGGGUUCAAUGAUCCACAGAAGGAGGAGUACUUCAGGAAGAGAUUCAGAGAUGAAGAGCAGGCCAGCAGGAUCAUCUCCCACAUAAAGAGAUCCCGAAGCCUCCACAUCAUGUGCCACAUCCCAGUCUUCUGCUGGAUCACUGCUACAGUUCUGGAGGAUCUAAUAAAGUUAAAGCAUUUUAAUGAAAUUUACUGUCAUCGCAUGAAUAACAGACAAAGAUUUUACUAAUUUGUUAAAAAAAAUGUUAAAGUUCACUUUGCUUUCCAAACAUGUCCUUUCUGGGAAUUCAGCUUCAACUUAAAACACAUAAAAAAAAAAAUAAUAAUUAUAAUUCCAUCCCAUUUCCAAUAAGAAAGUGUCUAUUCGUACGUCAUUUUCAAAAAUCGUAAAGGCAGUGCUAAACUUUUUUCUUAGUCACACUGACCCAGAGUAAAGGGUU